AUGAGCCAACAAGUUUUGGAGGACUACUACAAAGUUUUAGAGGUUGAUGAUGAUGCACUGGUAAAGCAGGUGGUUUUAGGACUCUGGGAGAAUAAACUAAUGGAAUGUGCUAAAGCUCUCAAAGUAAAUGCUGGAACAGAGCCUGAAGUAGAUCUUGGUCCUGUAAUUAGAAAACAGGUUAGGACUAGUGUACUUUGCAACAUUUUUAUCAAAUGUUCUAGCAUUUUCGAUGCCAAGGCUGGAAUUGCACAGAAUGACAACUUUGUGAAGCUAGGCGCUUGGUUUGACAAUGAAUCUCAUUACAGCACUGCUGUCCUUGACCUGAUCCGACACAUUGCAUCUAUUCACUGA